AUGGGUCCACCGGUGAGCGGAACACCGCUUUCAUGGCAAGAGCUUCAGCAAGUUGCACCUAUUGCUCGUCAAGGGGCCGUGGAGCAAUUGCUAUCUCUAUGGAAGAGGCAAAAAAAUAGAAGCGAUCUUGAACCACUAUGGGGUGACGAGAUUGAAUAUACCCUGGUCAGCCUUGACGCAAACAAGUCGCGAGCAACACUGCUUCUUAACCAAGAAGACAUCCUACGAAAAGAAGAAAAACAAUGUGCUAAAGCUGAGGAAGUUGAACCCUGGAAUGAAGUCAAGUUACAGGCGGAAUGGGCUCGACAUAUGGUUGAAGCAACUCCGGGAGAGCCAUAUGGGGGCGAUAUUAUGGACCUACUCAGGGUUCAAGGCAAUAUGAAGCGACGACGGAAAUUGAUCGGGCAAUUUCUAUCGCCCGACCAACACCCUGUACCGUUGUGUGUCUUCCCUGGCUUAGGUGAAAAGGGACAGUUCACACUCCCAGAAAGUCCGCAUGAAGAGUCUCUUGAGCAAAUCUGCUGUCCCAUACCGCGCUAUAUAAUGAUGACAGAGAACUUGCUGGCACGGCGACAACGGCGUGUCGAGAGCUACAUUCCAAUAUUUCGAGAUGAGCAGACGCAAACGCCUUUUCAUGACACUUCUGUGUCUUUUGAAUACCCCGCAGAGCAUCCCCCCGGGAAUGGAAAAGAGGGCCAUGUCCAUCUGGAUGGGAUCGGUCUCGGGGUCGGGAAUUGCUGCAUUCAGGUUACGUUCCAGGCUCCUAAUGAAAUUGAAGCGCGAUGGUUACAUGACCAAAUGAUCGCAUUGGGGCCGGUUAUGUUAGCACUUACUGCUGCUACGCCGAUGUUUAAGGGUUAUCUGGUAGAUACAGAAGUGCGCUGGGGCCGAACCUCUGAAUGCUUUGACGAUCGUACUCCGGAAGAGUUAGCCACGACGCCACCACGGUAUUCUUGGAACCGCACAUAUAUCUCGCAAGAGAAGCCAGCCAAUCUCGAAAGCAAAUCUCCGCUGACUCCCAUGAAUGAGUCGGUCAAACAACGCUUACUAGAUGGCGGCAUGGACGAACCUUUGGCGAUGCACUAUGCCAAUAUCCUCUCGAGGGACCCAAUUGUGCUCAACCGAACAGACCUGGAAAACUUUGAUCUAAAUAGUACGGGCAUAUUUGACGUCUACUACAGCACUGUAUGGCAACAUGUCCGACUCAAGAUCCCCUUAACCGACGAUGGACCCGGCUGGCGGGUAGAGUUCCGACCGAUGGAAGUACAAUUGACCGAUUUCGACAACGCUGCUUUUGCCAUUUUCAUGUACCUUCUUUCUCGAGCCAUCACGGAACUUCACUUGAACUUUUAUGUGCCUAUCGACCAGCUGGGAGACUCCAUGGAACGGGCGCAGAAGCGCAAUGCUGCCCUCGAAGAGCGCUUCUGGUUCCGCCGGACCGGAUGGUCAUCCGCAGAGCAGUGCGAGCGUCCACAGCGUCAGCGGAGAGGUUGUGUUAACUGCUGCUCAAAAUCUACUGCACAUGCAUCACCGUCAUGUGCGCUUCUCACGGCGGACGAGAUCAUCAACGGCGAAGAUCCAAAGGUGCCCUCCAGCUUCCCUGGACUGGUGAACAUCGUGCGCGCCUAUCUUCAGUACAGCAACACGCCCGUGAUGGACCAAAAGAAGAUCAUGCCCUACCUGGAUGUGAUCAGUAAACGAGCAAGCGGAGAGCUUCCGACGCCAGCCCAGUGGAUGCGCUCAUUCGUGACCGGUCACGAGGAGUACCAGCGAGACAGCUAUGUGAAUGAGAAGAUCCGUUAUGACAUGAUCCAGGAGAUUAUUCGGAUGGAAGAGUGA